AUGGAUGUUGAUCGAUGCUUCAAGGACUUCUUUUUCGUUGUUGUUCACAGGUGCAUUUCAUCCGUGCUGGUACUACAAAAUCCCGUAAGAUACGAAACUGUGCCAAUCGAACAUUUCCCUCCUUCUUUGUUGGCAACUUUACAUCGAGACGUACCAAGCAUCCUUGACCCUGGCUUGUUCAUGCAUCCUCCAAUGUAUCAUGAAAAUAAAACCAGCAACUUGGGUACGCGACAAAAGCUUAUCAAUCUUGCCAUGACAAAAGAUGGCCCAGAAGGAAGUGUUAUUGUUGCGGAUUUAGAUACAGGCGAAAUGGGUGAAUUCGAAUUGGCUUGUUCAAUUGUUCACCCCCUCAUUCAAUCUUUACUUGCAUAUAAAUGUGACCGUCUUUACGAACGAUACCAACCAUCCAUUCGUACAUGCUUUGGGGAACUGAAAGUUGAAGGACCAUCAGAUGCUGCGGAUCGUUAUGAAUGCAUCAUAGAUUUUUACCGCUUGGGAGUGUUUGCAAAACUGGAGAUUGUCAUCAGCAAUUUGACCGGCGUGUUGUGUUUUCAAGCACUUGGAACAACAAUUACAUUCUAUGCACUUACACAUCUCCAUCCUAGUAUCUAUACGCUCAAUGAACUUGUGACAGUUGCAAAACCCAAGAUAAAGAAUGAUAUAAUAAACGCCCUUGAUGACCUCUUCAAAAUGCUACGUAUCAUCGCUCCCGCUACAAAUGCUCAGCUGCCGACAUUAUGA